GUUUAUUCUGAAGCAUUGGAUUUGAAUCGGAAGUUAGCUGAAGCAAAAUGUCGAAGCUUAAGAAUAGAAACAGUCUUUUAUCGUCUCAUAAUAGGACGUCGUUCUCAAAUAGUACGAAGGAAGAAAUUCUUUCUAUGAAAUACCUGAUGGAGAGACCUGAUGCUGCAUUAUAUCCAUUGAAUUAUCAAGACGCCAUGAAAAGUGGGGGUGAUACGACGGUUGCUAAUAAGAAGGAUGAUAAUUCGGAUUCCGUUAACAUAUACCCAGACUAUGAACCUUGGAAAGACCAUAAUCAUUUGCCGAGCGAUAAGGCUGAAUCGGAGAAAGAACGUAUGAAUAAUGCUACUUUUUUGAAUAAGGGAUCUUUUGAAGCACCACAAGUGUCAAAUGAAUAUUACUCUUCAAGAAAUUUGAUUCAGGCUACCAUUUUUUCAUCUACGGCCAACUGUAAUAAUAUUUUGAAGGAAUUAUCGCAACAUCUUACUAACGCAUAUAAAACAAGAGAUGAAGUUAUUAACAAGAUCACUUAUGAGUCUAAUAGUUUCAAGAUACCUCCUCGUGUGACCCUCACCACUCUGAAAAAGGAAUCGUGGUUGAAAGAUUUGGCAAAUCCAAAUAUUCCUUUACUGAAAAUUUCCAAUAAACUUCCUCAUGGAAUCAAGAAUAAAACUUUGGUUGAUACUUUGAGCUCUAAAAAUGUUCCAAUUACAAGAGCAAUUUGGUUCACGAAAUGUACAUUAUAUAGCGAGUUGAUGAUACUCAGAAGGAAAAUCCAAUCUAAACAACUGACUCAUGCUAGCCCCCAUCCCAAUCCUCGUUUUGGCCAAUCUCCAGAAUAUAUCGAGUCCCAAUGGUUACAAGAAUGGACCCAGCAAGUGGUUGAUUACGUAUAUAAAUUCUCAAAAGAAAUGUCUUAUAUAAACUCUCCAGAGAAAAAACAAUUAUUUAAUUCAAAACUUGGCUAUUUGCUUACUUAUUUGAAAACUUUAUACAUUGAAUGUUUGCUAGAUAAAGAAUAUUUUAUUUCUAAUAUAUUGAGGUUUUUAAGAGAUGGUCUACCUCUUGAACCUCAAAAUAUUUCUCAAAUGUUAGCGGUAAAUCGUUCGGAUAAUGAUGAAAAUAUAAGUGAUCUGUUUCCCAUUGAAAUUACAAUUGAUUAUGGAAGAACUUUGGUUGCUUUAACUUUGGUGAAAAUUUUCUGGAAAGAAAUCCUUAAACUCGAUUAUUUAUGUAAAGAAUUAAGUGAACUUUUACUUUUUAAUUAUUAUUUUAUUCUGAAAGUACCGGCUCAUUCAACAAAAUCAAGUCAUAAAACUAAUGAAAAGACUGCAUUACCUUCAAAUUUAAAACAAAAAAUCUUACUGCAUAUUUCUGAUUCAGUCGAAUAUUUAUUCAAAUAUAAUACGAACGUGUUCAUCAUUCCUAAUUAUUGGAUGUUGAUAAAUGAAGUACUCUAUAAUAUACUUUUGGGUAGUCAAUCUCUUAAUACUAACGAUCAGGAUCGUGAAGAAAUUGAAAGACAACUCAAAUUGAUAAAUUAUAGAAAUGAAAGUUUGAUGUUAAAUAUGAGACACUUAUCUCAAACUUCUAAUUCGAUUGAAAUGGCUCCACCUUCUUCCAAUAAUCGAUUACCUGCUAAAAGAAAUUCUUUUUUAAACGCAUCAAUUGGUGGUCUGCCAUUCACAGUCUCUCCAUCAACUUCAAAUCUCAAUAACCAAAAUAACCAUGCUAUUCAAGAAAAUCAUGAAAGUGGAGAUCAUACAUUUAUAAAUAGAAGAAAUUAUGAUAGCUUGAAAAUUAUUGAACAAUUCGAUAGACUUCAAUUAAAUGAUGAGCUUGCAUCAUACUUGAGACCCAAACCUGAUAAUUGGCCUAACUCAAAUACUUGGAGAUCUAAUUUGAAGUUGACAAUUUAUUGGUGUAUUACCAAUAAUAGAGAUCAUCGAAAAUCAAGUGAAGAAAUUUUAAUUAUCUGUAAUUUUCUAAAAAGAAAUGUUUUACAAAAACUAAGUGGUAAGAAUACUAAUAAUUGGAAAGCUGAAUUUGAAAAUGAAAUCAUGGAAAUUAUUUACGAAGUUGUGGAUAAACAUGAUGAAGAAGUUAAUUAUUAUUACUUGUAUGUUUUGAUUAAUGAAUUAUAUCAAUUAAAAGUUAUUGCAAUUUCAUCAUAUUUGAGAAAAUUAAUUGCAUCAGGAAUUUUUUAUAUAACUCCAGGUACCAAUACUGAUUUACCGGAAGGAUCUAAAUACAAUAGACAAGUUGAUAUCCAUUUAUCUAUCCUUAGAAAUCUUCCUGUUUUAAACAAUAAACAGUGCAAUAGCAUUUUACAAAAGUGGACACCACAAGGGUUUAAUUUCAAUGAAAAAUUUGAAAAGGGUAAACAGGUUUUGCAAGAACAAAUCAUCAAUAAGUUAUUGAAUAAUUCUUUUGAUGAUAAUAUUGAACAGAAUAUGGAUUAUAUCAAGGAACUUAAUGUUGGACUCAAGUUUAUGCUUGUUAAUUGGAUUACCACUAAUCUUAAAAAUAGCAUUAGUAAUUCUCCAAGGUUGAUACAUGUAACUCCAUCCAUAAUUGCUAAUAUCUAUAAUUUUUAUUCACUUUGUGAUAAUUUAACAGUUUUUUUCAAAGUAUUUGUCAGAUUUAUCUUAAGAAAUGAAGGUAAAAUUAUUAUUUUUUAUCUUGACUCCUUAUAUUUUAUUUCGAAAUUGAUUAUAAGACAUUUUAAACUUGUCAAGUUUAUUGCCGGUAAUAACUAUGAGUCUGCUAAUACAGGAUAUGAUUUAUUUAAAUUAACCAUUAUUAAUUAUAAAGAUCUUCAAAAUCGUGAUACUGACUACUUUAGAUUUCAUGACGUUUGGAAUUUCAUAAAUAGGGCAGUUGAAAAUUCCGAAGCUACAUUCAAUAAUGGGACGUCAAUUUCUAAAAAUAAUCCAUUAUAUGCUAAAGAGAUGGUUGACUCGCCAAUGAAGAUACACAUGCAAGAAAAUAAUAAAGUCAAUGAAAAAUAUAGUGCUGAGGAUUUCAGAAAUGAUUUGGAGGUAUUAAUUGAGACACCUGCUAAACUAAUGAGUCAAGAUGAGAUAAAUGAUGCCUUAUCAGUUAUAGAAUCCAUGAAUGUUGAUGUCAAUGCAUUCAAGGACUUGAAAAGGGCAAAAGAGUCUGUGAUAAUAAUUUCUGAAUUUAUGUUGAAGAAUGGAACGCAUCUAAAUGAACGUCAAGAAAUAAGUUUGUUUAAAUUGUUGAUCAAUUUGAGCAGAAUUUUAGAAGCCGAACAACCCCUGUUAUUCAUGGAUCAAUUACAAACUCAUAUAAUUGAAUCAAUUAAGGUGACAGAAGAGGUUCAACAACUUAUCAUUCAUUUCAAAAAAAUGCUCAUCUAUGAAGUUUUGCAAAUACGUGACUUGAUCAUGAUAUUUCAAAAAGGCUUUGGUAAUAAAGAUACAGGGUUUCAAAAGAAAUGUAAUAUACUUAUCUAUGACAUUUUUUUCGAGACUCAAACUAGUUUGGAAAGACAAUAUUUACUUAAUCAUCAAAUUUUAUUUUUGGAAGUGCUUCGAUAUUUUUAUAAUAUAAAAGAUGGUACGUCUGAGCUAUUAAUUGCUUCUAAAGCUUUAAAGGAGGAUCAAAAAGAAUCGAUUUAUCAAUCCUAUAUACUUGAGAAUUAUAAGCAAGGUGUCUAUGCUGUUUUAAAAAAUUCUUUUUUUUUGCAUACUAAACUUACAAUUGAUACAUUGACUAAGCAACUUGAUACGGAUAGUAUCAUUGAUAUAUGUAACGACUUGUUAUAUCUGAAAGCAAAUCCGAUCUCUAGCAAAGAAGAUACUUUCAAAUUAAUGAAGAUAAUCAGUGAGUUUAAUCUUCCAAUUGUUCAAUGUUUAUUAAAAGCAAUUACUAGCAAAGAAUUUCUGACGAUCACAGAAGAAAAUCUUCAAGAAACUAUCGAACAAUUUGUUGAAAUGGUUCUAGAUAAUUUAAACUUUCAAUUUCUUUCCUAUAACUCUUAUUUUGGUGAACUUUUCAAUUAUUUAAAUUGGAGAUAUAAGGUGAAAGUUUUCAAUACCCUUGAAAAUCUAUUUUUAUGUAACACGGUAUUCAAUUUUUUCAGCGGAGAACCAACCGAUCUUAAUAAAUCAGAUGAAGAUAUUUAUUUAAGAAGGAAAGGAUCAUCGAUGAAUUUAUUACCAGUUUUCAAAGAUUAUUUCAAAAAAUUCUCAGUAUCCUCUAUGGACGAUAUACCAUCUUCAUAUAAAUUUUUCCAAGACUUAUCAAAGUUUUUACUUAAAUUGGUACAUGCAGUGAAUUCUGAUGUUGCUCUUGAAAAUAAAAAUAGUGGGUACUUGGGAGAUAGUAUAUCAAUUUUCUUGAGAAUCUUGAUAAUUCAUAAAAUAUCCUUAACUUCCAUAAUCGUUCGCCAUGACGGGGAACAAUUCACUUUUAUCAAGAAUUUAAUCUCGUUACUCAACUCGAGGUUUUUAUCGACUAAAAGUGAAAAGUUGAAAAUUUUACUUUACGACUUGCUCUUGCUCAUGAAAAGUUCCUUAACUACUGCAUUAAUCGACAUUAAUGAUACAAGUUUGGGUGAUAGUACGUCGCCGGCUUUGAAUAUCACUAAUAACAUGAGUCCUGCUCCCACCGACGAAACAAUCAAGAUGAAUGUUGACGGUGUUCCAGUAAAUGACCAUCUCAAUCAACCCCCAUACUCAAAACCUUCCGCUUCUGGCUUACCUCUUGUUUCCUCAAUGUUUAAUCUCCCUGAACCAAAUAAUACUAAUCCGUUCAAAGACUGUAUAGAUGACUCCAAGGUUGCCAGCUCAAUCAUGCUAGACGAACAAGAAUUAACCCAAGAUGGUGAUAUCCAUAACGUGAACAACUCGGACCUUAUCCUUGUAUCCACUAGAAGAGACACUGUUUCUUUCUCAAGCGCAUUUGGUCUCCUAGAAGGCAGUAACGUUCAACAACCAACCGCUUCUCGUCAAUUCUCUUUGAAAAGUUAUCAGCUCUUGGAAGAAGCAGGGAAUGCCGUCAAUGACGGCUGCAUCAACCUCCUGCUUUUCGACGCAUACACCACUAAAGAAAACAUUCCUUAGAACCUUUGGGUAUAGCAUAAAUAGUACUCUUGUAAAUUUAAAUUUUUUCAGUUGC